UUACACUAGAAAUAUUCACCAAGAGAAACGUCUCUUUGGCUCUUCCAUUUCAUAGAUUCCUUCUUGGUCGACAAUGCUUUAUUCCGAGCGAUAAGGUUGAAUGCCAUUUUGAGGUAAUUCUUCCGAAAACUGUGCAAGCAUUUUGCAACACACCCACAAAAAUGGAUUCACUAGCUUUUUGUUUGUGCAAUACGUUUUCUCACUGAGGUUUAUACUUUGAAGAUUGAAGCAAGUAUAAAUCCCAUCACCAUUCAAUAUGCAGCGAGCGGCAUUCACGUCCAAGAUUCCCACCGGGUCGUUAGUCCCAAAACGCUCUUUGGCCAACCGGGAACCCGGAGUGCAUGGAGAAUCGAAUGGAAAACGCUCCGUCAUCAAGCCAAUUUUAAAGCCAAACCAGAUGCAGCAGUGGAACGAGCGAAUGAUUGAAGAUGAAACGCCUCCACCUCUGGUUCCCAGUGAAGUAAUUCUCGUUGAUGAUGACGAGGAUUUGUUCGACUGGGAGCCAUUGGAUGCAACGGAGAUGGAGAUGGCGGUGUUCCAGAGAAUGAAGUUUGAGAGAGAUCUUCGGAAGGCGCAAGCAGAGAAUAUCAAACUGCGGCAGGAAAAUCAACGACUGAAAGCGACAAAAGGGGUAAGUUUUCUCAAUCGUUGUCGUUUUGAAUCCUUACUAUUAAUGAUAGGCGAGAUAGCGGAAUCAAUUUUAUGUUAUGGUUUUUGGUUAUUGUUGUGAGUUGUUAUUGUAGUCUUUAUUUUUGUUCGUUUGUUGCAUUCAGUUUUAAUAUAUUUCUGUAUUUUGUUGUGGUUUUUUAUUCAGAUUUCUGUAUUGUGGUUUUAGAUUUUUCCUUUGUUGAUUUUGAUUGAUUAGUUGU